AUGAAUCCAACCAUCCGAGCAUGGGAGACUGAAAUCUUCACAACGAACGGAAACAACCAGGAUGGAUAUGACCAGGGCUUUAUUUCAUCUUGUCGCAAGGUGUCUCUGAUCCUGGACGGGCUGAUCCUCAUCAUUGCCCUGGUGGGGCUGGUGGGAAACAUGGUCGUGCUCUGGCUCCUGGGAUUCUGCAUGCGCAGGAACGCCUUCUCGACCUACAUCCUGAAUCUGGCUGGGGCCGACUUUCUCUACCUCUGCUUCAACUGUAUAGAUUGCCUGCGGGGACUCAUCACCUUCUUCCGUCCCAACUCCGUCUAUAUCCCCUCAUUCACUACUCUGUUGAUCUUUACCUACCUUGCAAGCCUGAGCAUGCUGAGCGCCAUCAGCACCGAGCGCUGCCUGUCCGUCCUGUGGCCCGUCUGGUACCGCUACCGCCGUCCAAGACACAUGUCAGCGGCCGUGUGUGCCCUGCUCUGGGCACUGUCUCUGCUGCUGAGCAUCCUGGAAGUAAACUAUUGUGACUUUACAUUUUGGUGGUGUCAGAUACUUGAUUUCCUCACUGGCUCCUGGCUGUUGUUUUUAUUUGUGGUUCUCUCUGGGUCCAACCUGGCCCUGGUGUUCAGGAUCCUCUGUAGUUCUCGGAGGAUGCGGCUGACCAGACUGUAUGUGACCGUCCUGCUCACGGUGCUGGUCUUUCUCCUCUGUGGCCUGCCCUUUGGCAUCCACUGGUUCCUAGUAUUCUGGUUCCAGAGUUAUAGUGAUUACUUACUUUGCUUUCUUACUUCAGUGUUAGUUUUCCUGUCCUCUGUGAACAGCUCUGUCAACCCCAUCAUUUACUUCUUCGUGGGCUCCUUCAGGCAGCGGCUGGGGUUACAACGGAGAACCCUCAAGCUGAUUCUCCAGAAAGCUUUGGACAACACUCCUGAGAUGGACGACGGUGAAGGAAGAUUUCCUCAGGGAACCCUUGAGAUGUCGGGCAGCAGUCUGGCGUAG